AAACGUUUGAGUGGUGACGCGGAGUGUAUGCGAGCGUCCGACGCCACCAGUGACAACAGCACCGCCACACGACCUUACACUCCCUGCUGCUCCCUCUCAGUGACUGGUGAAGGAAGAUUAAGUGAUCAUAAGAGGUGGUGCGGGCGGCUUGAAGUAAAUAUAGUGAUUGCUCAAGAAUUCAGUGGUCUAGCUGUCAAUGAGAAGAGAGACUAGCAUAUAAUAUUUUCAAUUUAGUGUAAUAAAAAUUAUUCUCAGUUUUCUUUCUGCUUUUGGAAUAUUUUAGCCCAAAUGGCACAGAUAUCUUUAAAAGUGUUUCAAAACUGCUCUUUACUUAAAUUUGCCAAAACAUUAAAAUAUGUUAAGAAACCUUGUGUAAGAACUUCUGCUGAUGCCUGGAGGGCUGUACGAGGAUCUUACUUAGUGUCUCAAGCAUCAACACUCUUAUUAGUCAAGAAGCCAGGAUUAUUAAGAUUAACUGGAGGUCUUCUGGUUGGAUUUCUGGCAAUUGAUUUCCCAAGCAUUACAGCUGCAGUGCCUUCUCCAGAAAGAUUGGGGGCUGAAGCUGACAGACUUUAUGAACUGAUGCAGUACGAGGAUAUCUAUAACCUUCUCAUUGUAUACAAGGACAUAAAAAAUGAUGAGAUCCUCUGGAGACUGGGUCGAGCAACAUAUGAGAAAGCAAAAUCUACCAAGACCGAAGCCGAGAGGAAGGUGCUUUAUCGUGAAGCUCUGGACUAUGUAGAAGCAGCUCUGGCAAUCAACCCAGAGAAUUUUGCUGUGCACAAGUGGAUGGCAAUCCUUAUUGACUAUGUGUAUGGAUAUGAAGGGAACAAGGCUAGAAUAUCCCAGUCAUACAAUGUGAAGAAUCACAUGAUGAAAGCUUGUGAGUUAAAUCCAUCAGAUGGAACAUCAUGGUACCUGCUAGGGUUUUGGUACUAUAGCAUUGCUAACAUCCCGUGGUACCAGCGGAAGAUUGCUUCAGUGGUGUUUGCAACACCUCCAGAAGGCACGUAUGAAGAGGCACUAAAGUAUUUUCUUCAUGCAGAACAAGUGGCACCCAGUUUUUACAGUAAGAACUUACUGAUGAUUGGCAAGUGCUAUCAGAUGCUUGGGCAAAAUGCAGAAGCUAAAGAAUAUAUCCUACGUACUACAAACUACCCAAUAAAAACUGAAGACGAUAAAGAAGCAGUAGCAGAAGCAGUCACUAUUCUUCGUGGGCUCUGAUUUUUCUAUAUAAUAGCCAGUGAAAAGUGACAUCUGGAAAUUAUUCCACUCCCCAAGCCCAGCCUGGGGCCAGGCUUCAGUUGUGAGAGCUAAGUCCAACAUCAUGUUUAGGGGAUCUAGUUAAUAUAUUAGUCUCACAUUAAGUACCCGUAAAUUGAUGCACAAUGAAAUCACAUCAACGUGCUGUAAUAAGAAAAUCGAAUACGAGCCAAUUUCUUAGACAUUACCAGCAUACUGUAUUCAAUACAUUAAGAGCUUGUUUACAAAAUGUGAUUAUGGAUAGGGUUGUAGAUUUGUGGAAUAAAUUAGUUGGAUUGUUUCAACCUAGGCAACCAGCCUAGCCUUUUGAGGCAAAUAUUAAUGCUACCUCAGAGUAAUGAACAUGGCAGUGCUUAUAAUUUCACUAAAGCACAGGAAACUUGAUGGUGUGGUAGUUAGUAUCAAAACUGUGGUGUAUUAAGUGUGGGGAUUGGUUGAAUGGUAACUCUUGUAUACAGUGUGGGCACUGCAUGUACAACAAGCUAGAGCAGUAGACAUAAUCAACACCAUUUGUUGUGUUCAGAGGACAGGAAAACAUACUACAAAAAUGGCAAAUAAUGUAACUGAUGAGUUUGCAGAGAUGGUUUGGCCAGCUUGAAUUAAUGAUAAGUGUAAUUAGAAGUAGGAAGGCCAGGGUGUGAGAGAGGAAGCAUGGAUGGAUGGUAUAUAAUGUGUUAUGUGGUAAUUGCACUAUAACCAAUAUUAUCUGGAAGAUGGAUAUACAGUGGCGCCUCGAUUAGGGAAUUUAAUCUGUUCUGGCACCGAGCUAUUCGUGUGAAACGCUCGUCUUGCGAAACAAAAACAACACUGUCGUCGGAGGCGUCUGAGAAUCAGCAGGAACGCUAGGAAGCACAUUAACGAUGGCUCGUUAAUCGAGACAAAUUUUCUGUGAGUGGCUCACUUGUUACUCGAAAUGCUCAUAACUGGAGUCACUUGUCACUCGAGGUUCCACUGUAGUAUGAAUGAUGAGGAAAUUGUCAUAUUUAAGAUCGAUUUUUCCACUUUGUUCUUAAGUUGCAUAAAUGUGUAUGAUAAGACACACCUGCAUGCUGUAUUAAACCAACCCGUCCUCUUAAAAAUAACGUCGCUCUGGGCUUGUAUGCGCGGCUAUGGCCAAAAGUGGACGUAAUUUGAAAUGAAAUCGGCUCACGAAAGUGACGUACUGUCCCGUUUUCUGUUUGA